AUGCUAAUACCAACAUCAUUAGACAGUAUAACAACAGCACAGCACAACACAUCAACACUGCAACAUCACACAACACUACAACACAAUACCAACACACAACGCAACACCACAAAACAGCGUCACAAUACAACACAACAAUGCCACAACACAACACCUCAAAACAACGCCACAACAAAGCAACAUCGUCGCACAACACCUCAGCGCCACAACACAACACAACACUACAAUAUCGCACAACACCAUCUCACAACACAUCAACACAACACCACCUCACAACACGCCAACACCACUAAUCAACAUCACAACACACUAACACAUAAGCGCUACAGCAAAUCAACACCACCUCACAACACAUCAACGCCACAACAUAAUACAUUACGACACAACACAUCAAUGCUAAAACACGAUACCACGACACAACACCACCAUUACACAACGCAUCAAUAUCACCAGCACAACGUACCCACACGCCCACACAAUACACCAACACUCCUCUAUAUCACUGCAACUCCAGCACAACACAAUACUAGCACAUAA